UGUGGGUUCAUGGGCAGUGAUCCGGAGUGCAAACAUUUAGGAGGAGCAGAAGAAGUUUAAAUGAUACUUCAUGGAGGAUACGAAUGGAAGAACUGUACUCUAUUCCAAAUUCAACUGAUAAGGCGUCUGAGCCCUAUCGCGUCUCCAGCAACAGAUCUUCGAUGUCUUCCAGCAGUUCUAAGCAACAGUUUACAACAGUCAGGAUGUACAGGGGCAACAGAGUUGCCAUAAAGAAGGCGCAGAAUAAGAAAAUUGACGUUAAUAAGAAACUAUUGAUGGAAGUUAGACAGAUAAAAGAAAUCAGUCAUGAAAACACUGUACGGUUCAUAGGAGCUUGUUUGGACUGUACUAAUCCUCUGAUAAUCACGGAAUAUUGUCCAAGAGGUAGUUUGAAGGAUGUCUUAGAUAACAAAGACAUUAAGUUGGACUGGAAUUUUAGAAUGUCGUUAGUAAACGAUAUAGUCAAGGGUAUGAUAUAUCUUCAUCAAUCGGAAGUUUCAGUCCAUGGUAAAUUGAGAUCUUGCAACUGCUUAAUAGAUGGGAGAUUUGUUUUAAAAAUAUCUGAUUUUGGACUACAUACAUUGACUACACCCGCAGAAAUUAUCAAAGAUACUGAUUAUUUCAGAAAAUUGCUUUGGGUAGCUCCAGAACUGAUUCCUUUAUCAAAUGAAUCAUCUGUAACACCGACACAAAGAGGGGAUGUGUACAGUUUUGGAAUUAUCCUGGAGGAGAUCAUUUUGCGUGCAGGACCUUUUCAAAUAGCCAGAGAAAUAGAUAAAAUAACCAUAGAAGAUAUUAUUUUGAAAGUAGCUUCAAGAGAAUGUCCUCCGUUCCGUCCAAUUGUGCAAGUCUAUGACUGUCCAGAAAAGCUAACCGAGCUUAUGCAGAUUUCUUGGAGUGAUGUUCCUGAGGAACGACCUCCUUUUCCACAGAUACACCAGCAUUUACGGAAUUUAAUGAAACUAUUCGGUGAAAACAUAAUUGACGAUUUGCUGAUACGGAUGGAACAAUACGCGAACAAUCUCGAAGCUUUGGUCAACGAAAAAACCGAAGAGCUUAGCCAAGAGAAGAGACGUUCCGAAGAACUUCUGUACCAAGUGUUGCCGAGACCGGUGGCCAUGCAGCUGAUGAUAGGCCAAAUUGUUAAACCGGAACAGUUCGAAUGCGUCACUAUUUAUUUUAGUGAUAUAGUUGGGUUCACUAGUUUUUGUGCUAGUGCCACUCCGAUGCAAGUAGUUGAUCUUUUGAACGAGUUAUAUAGUACAUUCGACAAAAUAAUAAAAUUUUACGACGUAUACAAGGUGGAAACCAUUGGAGACGCCUACAUGGUAGUUUCCGGCCUUCCCCAGAGAAACGGAGACAACCACGCCAGAGAAAUAGCCCUGAUGGCUUUGGCCAUUCUGAAUAAAGUCAAAGUGUUCAGUUGCGAACACAUUCCGGACUUCCAACUUCAAGUGAGAAUAGGAAUACAUUCGGGACCAGUGUGUGCUGGUAUCGUCGGUCAUAUAAUGCCGCAUUACUGCCUAUUCGGCGACACAGUAAAUACUGCUAGUAGAAUGGAGAGCACUGGAAUGCCUCAGAAAAUCCACGUCAGCGAGACUACAAGAAUCAUCCUGGAAUCCUUUGGUACCUUCGAGUUGGAGCAUAGAGGUGAAGUGGAGCUGAAAGGAAAGGGUACAGUGACGUCUUAUUGGCUGUUGAAAAGUACAGAGAUUAUAGAUUUUUCAAUAUACAGACAACCGUCGGUUUCUACAGAAACGGAGGCUGCACCUUAUCCAUUGGUAUUUAUGGGACAAACUCCGCCUACUUAAAUUUGGGAUGAUAUGUUGCGUUGUUAGAUUUAGCGCUAUUAAAUAUUAAAAUAAUUACAGUUUAUUAUACUCUGUUUUCCAGCAAUGCUAACUGACAGAAAUUGAUGUCAUUAGUGCAUCUUUAUCGAAAUGAAUAAUACGUUCAAGAGUUUAUCCACUUCUUCACAUCUUUAAGGUUAGUUUAACGUGUUUUUUUUUUUUAGUUUUCAUGCAAAGAUAAUUCAGAGAAAUUAAUAAUAGUUACUAUUUUAAUUUGCUUUGCUAGCGAACACAGUAUAAGUAAUUACAUUCAAAAUUAUUGUUGCAUUUCUGGUAACAGGAAUUUCGUUUAUUAAAAGUUGAGUCAAUUCCAUAUCAAAGUUUUCGAAUAUUUAUCGAAUAAACCUCGUAUAUCCAAUCCAAAUAUGCAUUGUUUCCGCAAAAUAUAUACUAGAAUAAUAUUUUUGUAAUAAAUGUCUAUUUUAAUAGAGUUAGAUGCGGAUAUUUUUGUAUUUAUAGAAUUUAUUGAAAUGUACAUAUCUAUAUUGAAUUUACUGAAUUACAUGUGAAUUCAAAGUGAUAUAGAAAUAUUUUUUAUUAGAGUUUUAAUUGUUACUACCCCAAUCGGUAUAAUAAGCUUACAAAUAGACGGUAGAAAUGAUAUUUUAAUUGUUCUUAAAAAAUUAUAGAUUGAUUAUUUUCAUACUCAAAUGAUUUAUUGUAUAUGAUAGUUAGAAUGCUUAAUAAUAUAUCUAAAGUGUUGUUAAUGGGAAUGAGA